AUGGACCCCGAGCAGAAGGACAGCAGCUCACCAAAGGACAGCGAGUCCCCGAACGACAGAGCAUCGCCCAAAGAUUCGCCGGUCGACGCCGAUAGCGAGCCAGCGGUGGACGUUGCCGUGGCGGUGGACGUUGCCGUGGCGGCGGAGGACGAGGAGCCGUCCGCCCACGUGUGCGGCGUCUGCGGCCGCAGCUUCCCCCUCCUCAGCUCGCUCUCGCAGCACAUGAGGAGACACACCCGCGAGAAGCCCUACGAGUGCCCGUACUGCGAGCACCGGACGGCCCAGAAGGGCAGCCUGAAGGCCCACGUCAGGAGCCACAAGCUGGGCCUGCUCGGCCGCAGCCCGGGGCCCGAGGGGGGCGCCACCACGGAGGGGGCCCCCGGGUGCGGCGAGGACGCCAGCGCCAGCGCCGGCGAGGUCGCCGACAGCUCCUCGGAGAAGGAGCACGGCGGCGUCGAGGGCGGGGCCACGAAGAAGAAGAAGGUUCCCAAGAGGAAGGCGAGGCGGGACGACGCGGACGCGGCCGGCGAGGAGGAGUCGUCGGGCAGCAGCGGCGGCGGCGGCGGCGCCAACGCGCCCGAGGAGGCGGCGGAGGAGGAGGGCGCCGGGGUCGGGCCCUUCCCGUGCAGCGUGUGCAGCCAGGUGUUCCCCCGGGCGGCGCUGCUCAAGGCCCACGCCAAGAAGCACAAGGGCGCCCAGGACCACGGCUGCCGGAUCUGCGGGCGGCGUUUCCGCCAGGCCUGGUUCCUCCAGAGCCACAUGCGCAUCCACCGCGCGACCAAGGCCCCGCUGAAGGGCGGCGGCGACGGGGGCACGCAGCCGGCCACCGUCAACGGGGCGCACCGGGACCCCGCCGUGCUGGCCAACGAGGAGUGCCUCUACGAGCUCUGCGCCGGCUGCGGCAACUUCUUCUACGACCGCCGGAGCCUGCAGGCCCACGAGAAGCUCCACAAGCCGGGCCACGGCCGCGGCCAGGCCCAGACCCCCCCCCAGCAGCAGCAGCCGGACACACCCGUGGACCCGGAGGCGGUUGCGUCCAAGGAGGACUUCCUGAAGAGCCUGAACCUCCGCUGCGUCCGGUCCGAGGAGCCGGCGGCGGAGGACAAGGAGCCGGCGGGGAGGAUUAUGGAGCUGGACCCCAUAUGCAGCUACCAGGCCUGGCAGAUAGCCACCAAGGGCCGGCUGGUGGAGGUGACGGAGAGGGGCCUGGGCUGGGAGGAGCGGCUGGCGGACGCGGAGGUGGCGUACAACCGGGAGAAGGGCGAGUACGUGGCGCUGAAGGUGGACAAGAAGAGGAAGCAGGGCGACGCGCCCGCCGCACCCUUGAAGAAGAAGAAGGCCGGAGGGAGCCAGGAGCACCCGGCCAUCAACGCCUUGAGCGGGAGCAACGGGGGUCACCACGGACAGACGGACCACACCCUGUUCAACGGCCUGGGCCACGCCUUUUAUGUGGCGCUGCAGAAGAAGAAGCUGAAGGAAGAGGCCCAGGUUUCGGCCAAACAGAACAACAGCAUCAGGAAUCAAGGUCAGAAAGAUAAGAAGCCCUUGUUCUGCGAGCACUGUGACUUCCACGCGGUGGACGCCAGCAGCCUCAGGUCUCACGUGUGUAAGCCGCGCCCGGACCAGCACAGCGCCCCCAAGGGCCUGGAGGACCACCUCCGACAGAGCGGCUCCAAAGACUCUAAAUACAUGGACUACCUCAGGAACCGCAGUGCCCUGCUCAGCCAGCCCUACUGGAGCCCCUUCGCCAGCCUGCCCGGCCAGGACUGGACCGAGCUGGCCGUCAAAAAGGAGAAGAGCGAGGCGUCCGAGGGGGCGGCGGGGGAGGGGGGCACCGCCAUCAAACCCGUCCCCAUCGACGGCGCCAAUCUAAUCAACCUGUCCUCGCUUCCCGUCCCGGAACCCCCCGCCGCCCCCGCCCCCGCCGCCGCCGCCGCUGCCGCCGACCCAGCGGGGGAGACCGGGGGUCUGGUACGCCACCAGUGCCCGUACUGCGCCCACACCACCAACUACCCGGAGGUGCUGUGGAUCCACCAGCGCGUGGCCCACAGGGUGGACGGGGCCAGCUCCGUGGCCCCCCGCUGGGCCCCCUGCCUGGGCGGGUUCAAGGGCUCCAAGGCGGGCGCCGGCGGCCAGUGGAGACGCACCGGGCCCCCGCCUUUCCUGGAGGGCAAGGACUGCCCGGCGCUGCCCGCCCCCAGGACCCAGCGCACGCAGGCCCCGGAGGCCGCCGCCCCCGCCCCCGCCACGGCCAGCACCGCCACCACCGGGAGAGCUUCCGGUAGAACUGCUACGAGUGCCCCCGGUGGCACCGCCAGUAGCACCACUUCCACUAGCUCCGGUGCCCCCGGCUCUGGCAGGCGGUCGACGGGCAAAACUCAGCCGGGCAACCCCACGGCGGUCAAACAGAGAACGGCCCCGGCCCCGUCGAAGGACUCCAGGUCCUCGGACGGAUCGCCUUCCUCCGGCAGGAAGAUGGCGCUCCUGCCCCCGAAGAAGAAGUCGUCCAGCAGCGAGCGGAGCCAGAAGGGGGAGGAGCCAGGGCGGAGCAAGUCCUCCGCCGCCGCCUCCGCCGCCGCCGCCGCCGCCGCCACAGCACAAGCCGGCUCCUCGUCCGGCAGUAGCGCCUACCCCGCUCACGGCGGCCCGGCCUUCCGGUCCACCGGCAGCCCCAAACACAGGGGCCACCGGGUCUCCGUGGAGGGCCGGCUGCUCCCCCAGGAGGGCCUGGGCUUCAUGCUGGCCAGGAACCACGUCCACAGCCCCUCGCCCCAUCGCAGCGGCGGAGGACACGCCCCCACGCGCGACGCCAUGAACGCCGCCGCGGCCGCGUCAGCGGCGGCCGCUAAAGGUCGCGACCUCUGGUCGGCCAUGAACAUGUGGGGGUCCCAGCGAGACCGAGCGUACGCGGAGCCCCCGCUGUACGCUCAGGGGAAGAGCGAGGCGCAGCCGGAGACGCCCAUGGACAUCGAUGUGUUGAGCCUGCUGAAGAGCUACAGCCCCCACGACCUGGCGGCGCUGUACCAGCACUGGGGCUUCGUGGACCCCCGGAUCGACCCCCAAGCAAUGUUACAGCUAAAUGGACAUUUUGUGAAUGAAGUCCACUCUGCCUCUGAAGCUUCCAGACAAGUGAACAGCCACACCACUUCCUCCUCGGGGUCCCUCCAGAAAGGAACGUGA